ACAACCAUCAAGGCACCACCAACGUACAGAAACAAGCUAAAGCAGCCAGCUAAUCAUGUCCAAGAUCGAGGAAAUCACAGAAGACGAACCCGUCCAGCAGACAACCGCAGCGCAGGUCGAAGCCGCCUCUUCCGAUUCCGAGCACGACGAGGAACUCGCUGAAGAUGCUUCCAGCAACAGCCUCCAGUCUCGUGCUGAGCAAAAAUCAAGGAAGCUCAUUCUCAAGCUCGGUCUGAAGCAGGUUCCUUCCAUCAACCGUGUCGUUCUCCGUCGUCCCAAGAACAUCAUGUUUGUCAUUGCCAAGCCAGAAGUCUACAAGUCGCCCAACAGCGACACCUACAUUGUCUUUGGUGAGGCAAAGAUUGAGGAUAUGAGCCAGCAAGCUGCUCUCCAGCAGCAGGCCCAACAGCAAGCCCAAGAGCAGCAAGCUGCUUCGGCUGCUGGUGGUCAAUCAUCCUCCGAGGAGUCCGGCAAGAAGCCUCAAGCGCCUGAGGAGGAGGAUGAGGAUGUAGAUGAGACUGGUGUGGAGGCAAAGGACAUUGACUUGGUCAUUGAGCAGACUCAAUGCAGUCGUGGACAAGCUGUCAAGUCGCUCAAGAAGAACAAGGGUGACAUUGUUAACGCCAUCAUGGACAUUACAUUGUAGAGCAGUCUCUAUGCGCUAGGCAUCGAUCUAAAAAGCAUUUGAUCCAAAAAGUGAACUAUAGAGUGUGUGUGAAC